AUGCAAACGAGAAUAUUCUGCCUACUGGCUGUGGUGGGCUCGAUCUACGCCCUGCCGAGGAUAGAAUCGACACCGAAAGUGCUCCCGUACGAGGAGGCCCGUGCGAAAUACGGGGCCGACGACUUGGAUGUCGUCGAUUAUGGUGACCACCACCUCUUCGUCGCCGCAGUCGAAAACGAACACCAGCGGAAAGGACUGGAGGAGCUCGAGCAGGAGCGUAACGAACUCGACUUUUGGAAUCCCGUGUUUGUGUCCAGGAACGUAUCGAUUCGAGUGCCUCCGGCUCUUGUCGAUGAAGUCGAGAAGCAGCUGAAGAAGUUCCAUCUCUCGUAUACACUGGCGACGAAAAAUCUCCAGAGUUGGAUUCAGCAUGAAAAAGAGGAGAACAGACAGCAGAAUUUGUUCUUGGUGGGAAGUGAUCCAGCGAGAUUCGCACUGAAUCAGUAUCACUCAUACGACGAGAUUUCCGCGUAUCUCGACGCGAUCGCCAGCCGUUAUUCCGACAUUGCUACCCUGAACACCAUCGGCUCAACCUAUGAAGGAAGACAGAUCAAAGGUCUACAAAUCGCGUCCGGUGGAGGCCAGAAACCUGUUAUUUGGCUCGACUCCGGUAUCCACGCUAGGGAAUGGAUAGCUCCAGCCACGAGUCUGUACAUCAUAAACAAGCUGGUCACUGGAGCGAAAACCGACGCCACCGUUAAAGCGUUGCUCGACGCUUACGAUUUCCACGUCUAUCCCCUGAUAAACCCGGACGGCUACGAGCGGACUUGGUCUGGGGAUCGGAUGUGGCGCAAGAACCGGGUCCGAUUCCAGGGCUACAGCUGUCAGGGUGUGGACCCGAAUCGGAACUUUGGAUACGCGUUUGGUGGUCCUGGAACUAGCGGAGACGUGUGCUCGGACAUUUACCGAGGACCGGGGCCAUUCUCCGAACUGGAGUCCCAGGCGGUCAGAAGUGGAGUGCAAUCUCUUACAGGACGCAUAAAGAUGUUCCAAACGAUUCACUCGUACAGUCAGUUGAUCAUGUUGCCCUACGGCGCGGGGCCGAGAAUCCAGAGCGCACACUACAACGACCAGCUGCAAGUAGCCCAGGCGGGACAGCGUGCAAUCAGCGCCUACAGCGGCCUGCAUUACCAAGUUGGCACUGUGACCCAGCUGCUCUCGCCGGCAGCUGGUGGGGCCGCCGAUUGGGCUCACGAAGGCGCGAACAUCAAAUACGCAUUCGCCAUCGAACUCCGCGACAAAGGUCGUUUUGGAUUCCUCCUGCCAGCCAGUCAGAUUCAAGCGGUCGGUGAGGAGUGGUAUCGAGCUACGGCAUCCAUGGUGAAUGAGAUCUCCAGGAAAGAAACCGGCAGAACCAUCUUCAAUGAAAAUAGUUUCCCUCGCGGAGGUACGGGGGGCUCGCAAACUCCGCAGCCCCCUCCCGUGCCCCAGUGGCCGCCCAUCUGGGGCUGA